CAAUAACCUGCAGGAUUCAGGAGUGAAGCUGCUCUCUGCUGGACUGGAGAAUCCACACUGUACACUGGAGAUACUGAGAAUAAACGGUUAGGAAGUGAAAGUGAAAGUCAGUCUCCAUUUUGUGUGGAGGGGAAAAUACACCAUUUCAGGAGUAAAAACACAGGUUUGAUUUAACACACCGAUGUUGGAGUGAAGUAAACGUGUGUCCUGCUGUAAUCUGGAGAAGGAGACAUAACCUCCAACAUGAGUGUGUCUGGAAAACAGGACUUAAAGAGAGACGAGAGAAUGAUGGAGGGAAAGAGAUCAGACUCACCAGAACCCAGCUGUGUGUCCAUGAAGAGUGACCAGUCAAUGGGACAUCCAGUUACCUUCAGAGACGGAGCCAGUUCUCCUGAUGUGAGACCACAACAGAAGAAAUCAAACCUCAGCAGAAAUCAGUUGGACUCCAUAUUCAAGGAGCUGGAACACAAAGUCAUCACUCUGAUAAAGAAUGAACUGAAGAGGUUUAGGAAGCUCCUGAGUCCAGAUUACCCAGCAUGCACUGAGAGGGAGGUGCAGGAUGAGCAGGAUCUGCACAGUGUCAGAGACGGAGCGCUGAAGAUCACACUGCACGUCCUGAAGAACAUGAACCACACAGAUCUCGCUAACACACUGCACAACAAGUCUGUGGCCCCUGUGUAUCAGACAAAGCUGAAAUCCAGCCUGAGAGAGAAGUUUAAAAGAAUUAAUGAAGGAAUCUCACAGCAUGGAAGCUCAGCACUUCUGAAUGAGAUCUACACAGAUCUCUACAUCACAGAGGGUUGGAGUGGAGACGUCAAUAAUGAACAUGAGGUGAGACAGAUUGAGACAGCGUCCAGGAGACCAGCAACACAGGAGACACCCAUCAAAUGUAAUGAUCUCUUUAAAGACAAGUCCAUCAGAGGAGUGCUGACUAAAGGAGUUGCUGGAAUUGGAAAAACAGUCUCUGUGCAGAAGUUCAUUCUGGACUGGGCUGAACGAAAAGAGAAUCAGGACGUCACCUUCAUGUUUCCACUUCCCUUUAGAGAGCUGAAUCUGAUGAAGCAGAAACAUCUCAGUCUGAUGGAUCUUCUUCAUCACUUUUUCCCUGAAAUAAGAAAACUAGAAGUAAUAGACUGUGACUCCUACAAAGUGGUGUUGAUCUUUGAUGGUCUGGAUGAGUGUCGACUUCCUCUAAAUUUCCAGAAGAAUGAGAGAUUGUGUGAUGUGACAGAGUCAGCCUCAGUGGAUGUGCUGCUGACGAACCUCAUCAAGGGGAAUCUGCUUCCCUCUGCUCUUCUCUGGAUAACCUCUCGACCAGGAGCAGCCAAUCAGAUCCCUCCUGAGUGUGUAGACCAGGUAACAGAGGUACGAGGGUUCAGUGAUCCUCAGAAAGAGGAGUACUUCAGGAAGAGGAUCAGUGAUCAGAGCCUGGCCGAUAAAAUCAUCUCACACAUGAAGUCUUCAAGAAGCCUCUACAUCAUGUGCCACAUCCCAGUCUUCUGCUGGAUCUCAGCCACUGUUCUAGAGAGAAUGUUGGGUGAAGCAGAGCGUGGAGAGAUCCCCAAGACUCUGACUCAAAUGUUCACACACUUCCUGAUCUUUCAGAUCAAACACAAGGAGCAAAAGUACCAUCAGAAAUGUGACCCUGAUCCUCAGCAGACCAGAGAGAGUAUCCUGGCACUGGGAAAACUGGCUUUCCAACAGCUGGAGAAAGGAAACCUGAUCUUCUAUGAGGAAGACCUGAGAGAGUGUGGCAUUGAUGUGAGAGAAGUGUCAGUGUACUCAGGAGUGUGUACCCAAAUCUUCAGAGAGGAGUUUGGGCUUCACCUGGGGAAGGUGUUCAGCUUUGUACAUCUGAGUGUUCAGGAGUUUCUGGCUGCUUUAUAUGCAUUUUUCUGCUUUAUUUUUAGAAAGACAAAUGUGUUAGUGGAACAAAGCACUGGACGUUCUAAUUUCUUCAGAAAGUCAGACAUGUCUGAUCUCCUCAGGACUGCAGUGGACAAGGCCUUACAGAGUGAGAAUGGACACCUGGACCUGUUCCUCCGCUUCCUUCUGGGUCUCUCACUGGAGUCCAAUCAGACUCUCUUACGAGGUUUAAUGCCCCAGACAGGAAGCAGCUCUCACAGCAAACAGGAAACAGUCAAGUACAUCAAGAAGAAGAUCAGGGAGAAUCCAUCUCCAGAGAAAUCCAUCAAUCUGUUCCACUGUCUGAAUGAACUGAAUGAUCAUUCUCUAGUGCAGGAAGUACAGACUUACCUGAACAGAGGAGAUCACAGUCAUCUCAGUGGAACCAGACUCUCUCCUGCUCAGUGGUCAGCUCUGGUGUUUGUGUUACUGAACUCAGAUCAGGAGCUGGAUGUGUUUAAUUUGUGGAAAUAUGACCCAUCAGAGGAAGGUCUUCUGAAGCUGCUGCCAGUGGUCAAAGCCUCCAGAAGAGCUGAUCUGCGUGAGUGUAAACUGACAGAGGAAAGCUGUAGAGUUCUGUCCUCAGUUCUCAGAUCAAACUCCUCCAGACUGAGAGAACUGAACCUGAGUGACAAUAACCUGCAGGAUUCAGGAGUGAAGCUGCUCUCUGCUGGACUGGAGAAUCCACACUGUACACUGGAGAUACUGAGUCUGCGUGUGUGUGAUCUGACAGAGGAAAGCUGUAGAGUUCUGUCCUCAGUUCUCAGAUCAAACUCCUCCAGACUGAGAGAACUGGACCUGAGUCUCAAUAACCUGCAGGAUUCAGGAGUGAAGCUGCUCUCUGCUGGACUGGAGAAUCCACACUGUACACUGGAGACACUGAGGCUGUGUGAGUGUAAUCUGACAGAGGAAAGCUGUAGAGUUCUGUCCUCAGUUCUCAGAUCAAACUCCUCCAGACUGAGAGAACUGGACCUGAGUGACAAUAACCUGCAGGAUUCAGGAGUGAAGCUGCUCUCUGCUGGACUGAAGAACCCACACUGUACACUGGAGAUACUGAGUCUGCGUGUGUGUAAACUGACAGAUGAAAGCUGUAGAGUUCUGUCCUCAGUUCUCAGAUCAAACUCCUCCAGACUGAGAGAACUGAACCUGAGUGACAAUAACCUGCAGGAUUCAGGAGUGAAGCUGCUCUCUGCUGGACUGGAGAAUCCACACUGUACACUGGAGACACUGAGGAUGUGGAACUGCAGGAUUACAGAUGAAGGUUGUGCUGCUCUGACUUCUGCUCUGAGGUCAAACUCCUCAUCACACCUGAGAGAACUGGAUCUGAACGGUAAUAAUCCAGGAGAAUCAGGAGAGAAGCUGCUCUCUGAUCUACUGAAGUAUCCACACUGUAACCUGGAGACACUACACAUUAACUAUAAUAAACUCACCAGGAAGGCAUAUGACGGGAGUCUCACCUCAAACCUCUUCUCCAGGAUAAAACAGUCUCGGUGAAGAGUUAGAACCCGUCCCACAUUUCCAGCAGUUUGGGAGCUGAAUCAUUAAACUUAAAGGAGCAGAGCAGAAACAAAGUCAAGAACAGGCAGAAGGUCGUACACAGGAGAAAUCAACACACGUAACCAAAUAUCUGCUGCACAAAGCAACGGCACCGAUCUGCCCCGGGGAUGGAGACUGACGAGGCUUAACCCUCUUACCCCUUAGUUCCCACAGUAUCAUAUCCCAUAACCCUAUAUUCCCCAGAGAAACAGCCAAAAUCAACAUUUUAAUUUGAACAUUUUUAGGCCUUGAAACAACUUAUAAUAAUGUAUUUGUGUAAUAUUACUUUGAAAAUGAAGCAGUUCAGUGUUUUUACUAAACUUAGAGCACAAUUCUUAACUAGAGAAAUUACGAAAAAUGCUCGCUAAAAUCCUUCUACUCAUUUAGAAGUACCACACAAGCAUCAGCGUGGUCAAUAUAUUUAUAAAUAAUAAAACUGUGUAUGCCCCCCCCCACUGUUUUAGAUGUACCUGUGUUCACUGUAGGUGUAACUUUAGCUGGAACACGAUUAGCUUUUCGCUUUGGCACUGUUAGUUCACUUCUACUAGCACACCAAUAUUCACGCUUGGGUCUUCAUCGUAAUGCCGGCGUAAUAACGUUAUCACGUUGUGACGUCGUCAACCUUCUGGGUCAAAAAAUAAUAAUUAAAUAAGAAGGAAUCAUAGCAGAGUAAUGCCGGUACACCGGCCUUAUGGGGAUAACGUUUACACUGUAAAUCCUCUAUAUCGGCCUUACGGGGAUUUGGCAUAGACGAUCAAGCCGGUACAUCGUCCUUAUGGGAAUAGAUCACAGACGGGCAAGCCGGUUUUUCAGCCAUACGGGGUAAGAGGGUUAAGUACACGUCCGGAAACCUACAGCCAACUCAUCCCAAAGCACAAGGCGGGAGCAGGCGAGUACGAGAUGUGAUCGUCGAAUGGCAAGCCGGAACAUGACGCGUCGCAGUGGACUGGGCUUAAAAGAAGAGGAGACAAGACACCCAUCCCUCCCCCGACAUAGACACACGAAUGGAACAUAGUACAAACAGAAAUACAACUGAGGACGUAACAAUGGCCAAGUAUCAAAUAGAAUGUAAACUUGCAUUGAUGAAGUUAAUGUUGUUAGUAAUUGUUUAUAAAUUACCAUGGUAACACAGAGCUCCAAGGUAUAAAAAUAUGGAGUUUGUCAUCAAUCAAACAGUAACCAGUUUUAAUACCUAAAAAAGUUUACGUAGCAAAAUUUAGCAAAGCGCUUUACAGUAAAUUAAAAUGUAAAUUAAACUAAUGAAAUGUUGUGCAGCACAUGCUUAUGUUAAUGUUUGUUACAUUAUAUAAUCAUAUAAAUAAAUAAAUACUCCCGAAGUCACCAGAAUUGAAAGCUUUUUGCUGUUAAACAUUUAGAGAUUGAGGUUGUGGUGACUCAGUAGUUCACUCAGUAUAUCUGGGUAAGACACAGUGAACGACUCACUGCUGGCAUUCAUGAAGAAGUCAUAAACUCCACUGGAAUAAUAAAUAGGAUCUAAUAAAACCAUGAGUGGAAAUCAUUGGUGUAAGUUUAUUAGGAUAGACUUCCUCCAACCUGGAACUAUAUCCUCCAGUCCACACGGUGGCGGUAACGCGCCUAACAGCUGCGUCUCCGACCAGUAGAAAUCACAGAAGAAGAAAAAGCUGCAGCGGGUAUCUCCUGAGCAGAUGAGUUAUUACACCGAACUAAUCAUCUCCAGAUUAAAUUAUUUCUGACAGUUUUACAGUUAGAUUUGAUCCCGUUUAAACGUAAAAGCUGGUUAUUUUGUCUGUGUUUGAGGAAUUAAAACCGUUCCGUUUUUAAACCCGAGGUAAGUUAAACGGAAGCUGUGUGGCCGAAUCCCAAAUUGAUGUCAUUUCCGGUUUAAGUGCACUACAUUAGGGAUGAAAUAAUGACAGUCUACACCCUAUGUAGUGCACUAUUUAACUCAUGAGGAGAGAUUUGUUAUUCUGUUUUAGCGGCACCAUUUAAGUAUAACCUUACUUUAUCCUAAAAUCCGUUGUUUUCUCCCUGCUUAUAGCAACUAAAAUAAACAACAGUGAGUGUAAAAGUGGCUAAGUCAUUUAGCAGCUAAAAUAACUUUAUAUUUCUGUAAUGUUUUUAAUGUAUAAACUGCUCAACUGAGGUAAAGUUGGGUUUAUAUUGGACAUUUACUGCAAAUUCGAGCUUCUCUCUCCUAUUUCUCAAGAAAUAGACAGAAAGUAAACUGAAGAAAGUCAGUGUCGGUGACUCUGAGGCUAAAGCUAGCGGUGUCGCAUUACGUGCGUGUGAUGAUUUGCUGACAUUGCUCCUCUUCUGACUACCUGCUCAAGUGACGAGAGGCUAUGUCACGUUGUCAUAAAGUGGUGUCGGUGCGGUUGUAUCGGGGUAGUUUUACAAGUACGAGUACAUGAACACAGUAUCGGGCCGACACCUGAGUACUGGUAUCGGCAUCGGUGCAUCUCUAACACACACACACAGUUAAAUUGGAGCAGUGAACCAUAAGAUCUUUGAUGACGUCAUGUACAGGUCAGAGGUGUAGAACUCACUUUCUUUCUCUCCCUUGAUAAUCGUUGUUUUAAUAUAAUAAUGUAUACAUUACAUGUAUCUCUGUAAUCUUCUUCCCUAUUUGUGGAUAUUCUCAAGUGAAACUGUCGAGGCCUCCUACGGAACAUAUUAAGCUACACAGGAGCAGUGAUGAGAAUAAACAUGACUUUUGGUGCUCAUGAUUAAAUAUGGCAGUUUUAUUAUGAACCCACUACAUUAGAGAAGGAAAUACUGGAUGUGAAGUGCAGUAGUGCUAGUGUGUGUGAAUAGACGAUCAGUUUAGAUACUGACCCAGAACACUACUAACAUACAGUGCUUUCUUGGGGUGGUGCUGAAGUUGGAGUUGAACCGGUAAGAAAGAUAUUAGAGAGAGGCUUCUUUACACUCCUGAGGAUGUUCAAUUAGAACCUGCACCAAACUCCCCUGAUUCAAGUCAUCAGCUAAUUAAGCGGCCUGCACGAGCUGAGAUUCUUACUGAGGUGCUGUUUUCCACAUGCAGUGCUUGGCUGUGUUGGAGGUCACCAAGAAAGACUUCCUGGCUGUCAUGUGGAAGCUAAGUGGGCUGGGGUCAAAAGGGUUUCUGGCCAUGGUGCUUGUGCUGCAGUGAUCUUGUUCUCCAUCACACUCCAACACAAGUAGCCAUCUUCACCCUCUCCCAAGAGGUGAUGUGGUUUGACUUGUGCUACACAGAGGUGAGUCCAGUUAUGCUGCAAGAAGUGUAAGUAUGAUGGGGUUGACGAGUGGGAGGAGAGGUUCUUCUUCUUGACGAAAGCAUGAACUAGUAUUUCUGCAUCAUGUAGUGACAAUAUGUUUCUUAUAUAUGUUUAUGAUAUUAUCAUCUUGUCAUUUAUCAAAGAAGAGCUACAAAACCUGAAAUUUGUUCAUUUUUAGACAGAAAAAUUCUGCAGUGUAGCUCUUCUAGUGGGCUUUCCCACUGGAAGUUUAGUCCAACACAGAGCAGUUUGCAUGAAAAGUUGGUAAUGUGACCGUCGUAAUGUGGACUGGGAAGUGCACUGCGGUACCGAGCCCGAGACUACCUGUAGAAGGUGGUCCGAGUUCGGUUACACUGGAACUGUGAAUGCGAAUUGUCCCAUGAAUGUGAACGUAACUUAUAUCCGGGUCCGCACUUGUUCAGGAAGUAGAGUAACCUGUGCUGAAGGCCUGUUGUGGUGAUGACGUGUCAUGACAUGUUUUGGCCCAAAUCUGCAGUAACUUUGAAAAAGUGGAAGCUCGUCUGAAUAUUGUGGAGUUUCUUGAUUUUGCGUUAAUUUCUGUGAUCACAAAAUGGUGAAAUUCUGGACUGACACAUGGAAGCUAUGGAAUGAUAACAGAAGAAUGUGACUUUGGGUUGUACCGUGUAUUUUAUUUAUUUAUUUAUUUUUUUUUCAUGUAGCUUAAUUAUUUAGUAUAAAUGAAGGCGUGUAUGUGUCCUGUUCUUCAUCUCUGCAGUCGUGUGUUCCCUGAUAGUCAAUGAUUGCUGGAGCUCUGGAAAUAGCAGGUGAGAUUGCAGGCCGGAGUCCCGUCGCUGUCCAAGGAACCAAAAUCAACCUCCUCUACUCCUGAGACCACAGUGUGACUGAGAGCCUAGACUACAUGGCUACUUGGAACAUGAACAUGUUGCAGACACAGGAUCUUAUGAAGUCAGCGCAGACAGCCCCGGAAAAGAAGAGUCCGAAAGACGUGCCCUUCUCCAAGCUUUAAAGGAGAAGAUCCAGGGCUGUUGAAGCUGCGGUGGAACUGAGACUUCAUCAUCCACAUAUCUUUAGUUCUUCUUGCUAAGUCUCAGUUUCUUUUUAGUCUUUUUAUUUUUAGACUGGUCAAAAGACCGAUUAGUGGAAGUGAAAUGAUAGAUGAACUUGCUUGAUUAUUUGCAGGUGCUUUGUAUAGUAAGACAGGGUAACUAAUACUCAAAAGCUUGUUUUGUGUGUUAACAUGUACAGUAGAUGUACAUAUUUUUUUCUGGUGCUGUGUGACUGCAGAAUGUAGUGCAGUUAACACAGUAAAUUUCCUUGGAUGCUCACUUUUAACUCGAGGAGGUCACAGGUUGCCCAGACAUCUUUUUUUAAAUCUGUCAAUCCGUCACCUGCACGUCAUUCUGGGGGACGAAGAGGAGGAAGCUGGACAGAUAAAUUUAUUUAUUUAUUUAUCAUUGCUGUGUUUCCUCAGUCGAGUGCAGAAAGAAGAAAAACAACACAACUGGUUUAAAAUAAAAAUAUAGAAAACAAUCUAAUGUAAGGUUCUGAUCCGGUUUGCUUUCAGCAGGAAGGCUGUCCUCUUUCCUGUUGCUCUUUCCCUUCUAUUAGUCCAUUUGUCCAGUCUGAAUCGGUUUGAUUGUUUGAUUCGUUUUCAGAUGAUUCGGAGUCAAAUAAUUUUCUAGUGAGAGUCGCACAAUUCCAAACGAACUAGACUGAGAUGAGUAUUUGAUUCUCACUAGAAAGUGAUUCGACUCUGAAUCAACUCGAAAUGAAUCAGUCAAACUGAUUCAGACUCUAUAAAAGGACUAUGAGAUGUGAUUAAGAUAUAUAUUCCAAUGUUUUGCUUUACAAUUCCACUGUGUGUGUGUGUGUGUGUGUGCACACGCAUAUGUGUUUUUCAGGAGAACGAGAAACUCUGACACAAGAGUACAUCCUGACCAUUGGUACUGUGUACACAUCAACAUACACACACGUCUCCAUGCUGGACAGCUCAGGAGCUUUCACACACAGUGCUAGGAAUAUCCCGGAACAGAGAAACGCACCUCCUACGUGAGCGAGUUUAGCGUCAACCGGUGAAAUUUGCUGUAGCGUGAACACUUCGCCUCUAAAUGAUCUUUUGAGGCAGCUUCAUCAUUACCUGCUCCGUUUGAUUCAAAAACAUAACGACCGGUUUCAAAAAGUCAGGAUGUCUUCAGUUCAUGUGAUUUUACUGUUGAAUUUAAACAGGAAAUGUGAAUUUUUUUUCCCCUUUAUGUUUCCUCUACUGUCUUUUUGCUGUGAUCUUGAACACAGUUGUAAUUUUUUUUAAAUAAAUAAAUGAUCAUUCUAUUCUUUCUCACUUUCCUUGUCCUAAUUGUCCUGUAUCUGUUAAAUCCGUUUCAUCUCUGGUCUUUCUGUCUGUAUGAACACUUGUAGAAAUGACUUGUAGUCCAUAUUUUUGAAUAUUUUUAUUCAUGAUUUUGAAUUUAAAUAAAGAUAUUCUUUAAUUCUG